AUGAAGCUUUUCGUAGUUUUAAUCGCUUUUCUGUGUCAUUUAAAAAUAAUUGAAGGUUUCGGGGAUUCAACUGGAAGCACAUUUGCAGAUGUAAUAGACAUUGAUGGAAAUCUAAACAUCAUUAGUGGUGGUGAAACAAGAGUGACAACUCAUGGAUUAUCUCAAGCAUCUGGAUAUUAUACUUAUUUUCAGUAUGUUAGUUACAACGGUCAAUCAGAUUGGGUUAGAAUUUAUAAUCAAGUUGCUUUUACUGAAGUGUUAAAUUUAGUUUUCUAAAAUGGCGUGACCCAAGCAUCAAGAGCAGCUGCAUUAAUCAGCAAUCCUACGUCUCUGAUAUUACAUAUUAUUUUAAUAUCUACAACAGAUGGAUCCUUGAUUAAUGCCUUUUAUGAUGAUUCUGUUGCUGGUGGUGCUUACUGGUCAUAUACUUAUUUAAACUCUGUAAUUUUGGACGCAUCAAACAAUCUUUAUUUUGGUGGAUAUACUGGAACUGGGCGUACAAUGAUUGCUAAAUUCGAUUUAACUUCAACAACUAGUCCAAAUGUUGCAAAGUGGAAAUUCGAUCAUAAGGGUGCUUUCACAUGGGCUGAUUCCGGUUAAGUUGGUGCUAUUUAUUUAGAACCAACUAACACAUAUCUAUAUUCUUCUGUCAGAUAUUAUAAGACUUAUACCAAUCCUACUCGAAAUGAGUAUUUUCCAACAGUGUAGAGAAUGUCAACUAUCACCGGCACUCUUCAAUAUGCUUACUCCAUUAACAUUACUCGGGUUCAAACAAUCGAUAUUUAAGUUCAGAGAUCAAUAGCGGUAUAAAGAUCUGGUACUUAAGACAAUAUUUUUGGUUGCUAGCCCAUUGUUUACACUAAGGUCACUCCAAAUGAAAUCAGAUUUACAUUUUAUCGCCUAGUAGUAAAUGCUGACUAUACAAUCGCUUCAUAGGUUUUCGUGGAAAUCCUUGAAUAACCUAGAUGUCUGGAUUUGAGAGUACAAUCAGUAACAUCUUUCUAUGUAUUGGCCUUAGAGUUUACACCUUUGUAUAAAAACCACUUGAUUAGAAUUUAUGACAUAACCUCAGCUGGAGCAUCAAUGACAAGAUAAGAAUUUACAUAUACCUCUAACUACAGAAUCUAUGAUGGUGUAAUCUUGCCAGACUAUACAGUUUACUAUAAUGGAGCUACUCUUUAUACUAAACUCUCAGGCACUAGAUACUUCACCUAUAUAAUCCUAUCAUUACUUCUGGAACUUUGA